GCCGAGGCGCGGCGGGGAGGCCGGGGGCGCGGGCGCGGCCCCCGCCUGAGGAGCAAGGCGCCCGCCAGCCUGCCCGGUGCGGGGUCGGCGAGCAGCGAGGCUCCUGUCCCCUCGGGGGCAGAGAGGCUGAGACGGGAAGGUGAAUCCUGAGAAGGUGCAUUCUUUAAUGGAAACGCGGAGCGACUGCAGCGGAGGGUGGGAGUCGAGCGAGGGGAGGCAGGACUCGGGAAGUGCUCGGGGGUGUGUGAAGGUGAAGCGCGAUGUCAGGGGCGGCGGGCGGGCUGAGACGCCGGGAGGAGGGGAUCGGCGGCCCGGGCCCGUGUCAGCGCCGGGGGCGGGGGGCGAGGGGCGCCGCGCGCCGCGGGCGGACGGGAAAGAGCUGCGGCGGGCGGGGCGGGCGGCGCGCUCCGGCCGAGCAGGCCGGGCGGCGGUGGGGGCGGGGAGCCGGGGGGCCGGACCGCGGCGGCGCGGAGCUGGGCUCGCCCCUGACUUAACUUUCUGGGUGCGGGCAUGUGUGCAGGAGGCGCGCUGGGGCCGGGGCUGGGGGCGGGAGGCGGUCCGGGAGGUUCCGGGUUGGCUCGCCAGCGCCCCCUUUUCUCUCCCCCUUCUCCCCGCCCCUGAAGGGACAGGCCCUCAGGGCCCCAGGCGGGAAGCGGGAGGGGCCCUCCCGGCUGACUCGCGACGGUCACGCCCCGGGCCCGGGGACACUUCUCCCUCGGGCCUCUGGGGGCUGCUGAGAGAGGGGGCCGGGGUCGUCGCGGCGUGCUGGACCUCCCCGUCCCCCGCCCCUCCGGGGAGUCCCGGAGGCGCCUCUUCCGAGAUCGGGGGUGGGUCGGUCCCUGGUUAGAUGGUUCCUCCCUUUUCCCCCUCCCUCUGGUGGUUUCCGGGGCCUGCGGGACCGAGGGGGCGGGAAUCGGGGACCCGAGCCCCUUGCACCGGCCCAGAACUGGACCGGGCCUUACGCCUUCUGGAUCUGUCACUGGUAGGGGAAACUUUCCCAAACCGGGGACCAAACCUGAACACCUCCUCUGCCACCUCGUCCUCUAAUCCCACUCCCACUCCACCUCCUCCAACGCCUUCCCCUCCCACCGACCCGAAUCUCGCUGCGUGUGACUGAUGGGGCAUUGAUCCAAUCGAAGGCGGGGAGCUGACCUGCCGGGUGUCGAUUUUGUGCAAUCUCUGUGGCGUGGAUGACUUGGUGUUGAGGUACUGGAGUCUUAAAAGAAGGCUGAUAAUGUAUGCAGUCAUCUGACUUGUGCUCUGCUAUUUGUGGAAUUCUUCUGCCUGCUCAAUUGUUUGCAAGGAGUGAGGAGAGCUUUCAGGGAACUCUUUCACCUGUGCACGUGUGGGGAGCUGCACACACUGCUUCCAGCUCCCGGGGACUGAAGACCUGUUGUCAUAGGUGAAAAUAUAAUGCCUGGUAUUCUCUGUUACUCAUUUAAUGUGUCUAUGUGAAAUGUGAUCCCACAUAUUCCAAGGCUCAGCUUACGGAGUGUGAGUGAGCUCUGGAAGUUCCUGUUGUUGCUGACUGACCGUCUAAAUGAUGAUUGUCUUUUCUAGCAGAUUAUUUCUGCUUAUGAAAUCAGCUUAUUUACUUUUUUUUUUAAAGAUUUUAUUUAUUUAUUUGACAGACAGAGAUUACAAGUAGGCUGAGAGGCAG